AUGUUCAAACCUGCCCUUCAAAACCGAGCCUUAUCUCAAAGUUUCCUGUCCCAGGCUGCUCGUAGUCUCAGUACAUCCGAAGCUUCUCUCAAGACAGGAGCAGCCGAGGCUUUGUCCAAGCCAGAGAAGAUCAAAUAUUUCAAGGUCUACCGAUGGGAUCCCGAACAGAACCAAAAGCCCUACCUGAGCACUUAUCCAAUUGACCUCAAUGAUUGUGGACCCAUGAUUCUAGAUGCUCUCAUCAAAAUUAAGAAUGAGCAAGACCCUACUCUUACUUUUCGCCGAUCGUGCCGUGAAGGUAUUUGUGGAUCCUGUGCCAUGAACAUUAACGGUACCAAUACAUUGGCCUGCUUGGCGUACAUUGAGGAUGACACCGCCAAGGCUACAAAGAUUUAUCCGUUGCCGCACAUGUAUGUUGUCAAAGAUCUUGUUCCAGAUAUGGGAAACUUUUACGAACAAUACCGUUCCAUUGAACCAUGGUUGCAGCCCAGUGAGGAAAAGAAGGAAGGCCAAGCCGAAUUCCUUCAAACCAAAGAAGAUCGUGCCAAGUUGGAUGGUAUGUACGAGUGCAUCCUUUGUGCAUGCUGCUCUACUGCUUGUCCAAGUUAUUGGUGGAACUCGGACAAGUACCUUGGACCUGCCGUGUUGAUGCAAGCCUAUCGCUGGAUUGAAGAUUCUCGAGAUGGUAGCACUGCCAAGCGUUUGGAAGAGUUGGAUGACGCAUUCAAGCUAUACAGAUGUCACACUAUCAUGAACUGUACCAAGGUUUGCCCAAAGCAUUUAAACCCUGGAAAGGCCAUUGCACAAAUCAAGAAGAAGUUGGCUCAUUAG